AUGAGAAACUAUUUCCAUGUACUCUCGAACUUGCUCGAGCGUUCAUCUCCUCCGUUACGCCGUCUCUCGUUCACCUCCAAAGGACUAGCACCUGUUCUGGGACAAGCCCUCAUUCGGCUCCUCGGGGCAACACCCCUCCUAACGAACUUAAGCAUGAAAUUCGUCAUGACGUCGGACAUCUUCGAUCGCCUAUGUCCUACGGCUAUUCCGGACGGUGAUGCUCCUCGGGUACCCGAUUUUCUGCCGGAACUGCGCGUCCUGCAUAUAGCCUGCGAUACUGGCUAUAAGUCUCUCGUCAAGAUCAUACCCUCCAGGCUCGACCCGCGCUCUCAUUCAUCGGCACUGUUGUCCGACUUUCGGUUCAAAUGGGGCAGCCCGAAUCCCGCUCAUAAUACGACGGACUGGAGAAAGCUGGAUGUGAUAGACGACGAGGUCAUCUCCAGCCUCAAGGAUGUUAAGAGGAGAGGAAUCAGCAUCGCGGUUGUUGAUCAGAGGGGUAAAGAUUUCCUUCAAGAUGAGGGCGUCUAG